AUGGAUCCGGCGGCUCAGCGCCGGUACCUGAAGGAAAAUGUUGAUGCAGACUUCGUUUUCCUGCUUGAAGAGCAUGGUGUGGGGCUUGAUCUGCAGUAUGCCAUCGGACAGCAUUACAAGAGCAUUCGCACCUUCGCUGCUUUCACGGAUGAUAGGGCAGGGGCGCGCACAGCCUUUACGGCCGACUUCGGGGUUAGACCGGAGAGUGCUGCUGACCGUGCAAAGAUUGCUACUGUCAUCACUGCUUGGGAAGCUGCGAAGCUGAUUCGUGAAGAGGAGGCUAAGUUGCGUGCUGAGGCCAAGGUCAUGGGGGUUCAGAAACCUCUGGCUUCAUCAGACAGGGCGGCUAUGCGCAUCGCCUUGGAAACUGUUCGAGGCUACUCUGUUCCAGAAUCCGAAGAGCCUGCGCCUGAGUACUUGGCACACAAGUUAGAGCAGAUUGAGAAUGGGGAGCCCACCGCGAGCUACCUGGACGAGGUCAUUUCUCGUAAGGAGUCAAACUCUCUGCAGCUGCAAACUUCUCUUGAUAAUCAGGGUCGACUUCGUGUGAUGCGUCAGAAGCCGAAGGGGCGGUUGCCACAGAAUACGGAGGAGCUCCGGGCGAAGCUUCGUUUGGAGGCCGCGACAUGGGUCAUGCUUUCGGCUAAAUGCCGGGGGCGGGCUUAUCUUCAGGAUCUGCAGCUUGCUCAUUUUGAUCGUUACCUGGAGUUUCUUCUUGGUGAUAAAUGCUACAGCAUGCAAGUGGCCACCUCGGCCCCCACCAGUUCUGCUGCUCACGCUGAACGUCAGGCGCUUAAUGUUCCGUGGAAUGUUUUGCUGCAGUACGAAUUUGAACUUCGCAAGUGGGCCAUCAAGGAGGCGAAUACGGAGCUCAAAGAGCUCCACUUCACCAGUCAGAUUGCACUCGCCAAAAGAUCUGCUACCGUUGAUCCCCCUCCUCCCAACAAGUGGCAGCGAAAGGGCAAGGGCGAUAAAGGCGACAAAGGUGGCAAGGACGGCAAAGGGAAUCCCAAGGGGAAGACCGAUGGCAAAAUCAAGAUCGGGGAGGCCUGGUUCGACUUGGUCUCCAAGACCCCGGAUGGUCGGGAACUUUGCUAUGCUUUUAACAUCAAGCGUGGAUGUCAGGUGAAGGGCUGUCAGAGGGUUCACGCGUGCCGCAUCAAGGGCUGCCAAGGUCCUUCACGCAAGUCUGAUGUGCGGCAUUCCUUAGGCGAGCUCUGCAAGGAACGCGAUAUCACCCUGGAGAUGUUCGAAGUGGACAUUUGUCGGGAUCCGAGCAUGGACCUUUUGAACUCUUCGGUCGCCGAACGGUGUCUGCGAGAGAUUGAAAAUUCCGAGUGGGAUGUGGUCUUGGUGACCCCUCCCUGCAGUACCUUUUCUCGCGCGCGCUGCGUGCAGCCUGGACCUCGGCCUUUGAGAUCGCGUCUUUACCCACUGGGUUUUCCAUGGUUAUCUGAUGCACAUCGUACAGUGGUCGAGCGGGGCAAUGAGUUUGUUUCGUUUUCAUUCCGCAUCUGCACGGCCGCAGUUUCGAAUUCAAUUCCUUUCUUGCUGGAGCAUCCAGAAGACCUGGGGACAACGUCUGCGGGGCACACGCCCGCCUCGAUCUGGCAGCUUCCGGAGGCCUUGGCUCUUUUUAAACAUGAGUCUGUGGUGACCUUUUCAGUGUAUCAAUGUCAGUACGGAGCUGCCUCCCCGAAGCCAACGCGUUUUCUAUCUUCUAUACGCUCACUUUUGGCAUGCCGCAUGUGGGUCCGCCACGAUUUGAUACAACUGACCGCUACGCCGGACCACUUCCCCGCUAUUGCGGACAUCGCCAUAAGGACUUUGCGCGGAAAUCGCGACCUGGAUCUUCUCCGUCUUCGUCCUUUUCGGUUUCCCCCGGGCGACACCCUGCUGAACUGCUCGCUUGCGAAUGCCUUAAGAAAGGACAGGGUUCGUCAAUCUGAGGAGGAAGUGCAAGGCCAGCGAUCUUUUACAUCAGGGGCCUUUGUCCACAAGGACAGGGCUGGACUCAGGCGCAACGUGGAUGCUUUUCCCUUCACUACAGAGCUUCUGGCGAGGUUGGUGGCCCACAACUUUCCAGGACGGGUAUUCUCUUCGACUGCUCUCUUCAGGGACCUAAAGCAACCAUUGCACAAAGAUACCACAAAUGGGCACUACGACAAUCUGCUACUUUCCUGCUCGGACUUCAGCGGUGGUGGUCUUUGGGUUCAAUCGAGCAAUGGUGAUACUGAACGAGACGUCAAUGGGACAUCGAUGCCUGGAAAAGUUCUUGCCUGGGAGGACCGCAAAAUUAUCUUUGACCCUCAUCGCUGGCACUCGACUGAGGACUGGAGCGGCUGUAGGCUGGUUUUGGCGGCCUACACCAUUGGCAACGAUGGGCUGCUUUCUCAGUGCGAUCGAGAUAGACUUUCGGGCUUGGGAUUCUUUCUGCCGGGGCAAGGAAAGCCAGGUCCUCCUUCUUCGGAAGAGAACCAGGAUGACGACGCGGCGACACCGCACGUGGAACCUGCGCAGGUGGACUCGGCUCACUCCGGGAACUCGGCUGCGGACUCGGCUACGGGGGAUCUGACGUUCAGUGAGUUGGAGUCCGGAUGUGAGGGUCCACCGAUGGUUGGCGACUUCGCAGGUGCUACAGAUGAGUUCGUAGAUGGAUUCGGGCGCGACUUUUCGUCUAGCUACGGGGCUCGGGAAUUGAUACCGCACCAGCCUUUCUAUCUUCGGGCCAUCGCGCAGACUCUUCGCAUACUUGAGGACCCAGACUACCGCAUCAUUGAAGAGGGGAAGUUCUGCUUUUGCAAUGGUGUCGAAGUUGGGCACACUUCGCCUCUGGGCCCGGUUCCUCAAGUCUUCAGGCGACGACAAAAGGAUCAGAAGUACGACGAUUCAGUGUGGGAGCCAUUGAUGGGGAACUACCGCGAUGGGCCUGAGGUCGAGAAAGCCCUCCUUGAGGCGUUUGAGAAAGAGGAGGCGGAGGGGCGGAUGUUCCCACUGUCCUUCGCCGAAGCGCGCAAACGAUACCCUGGCUCUGCUUUGCGCAUUGCGGCUCAAGCGGUCAUUCCAAAGCCGGAUCAGGAGUUCCGAGUUGUGCACGACGGAACACACGGCAUUCAGGUCAACAACGAGAUCGUCAUGAAUGACCGACCAGGAGCUCGCGAAGUAUCGGCCAUCCAGGGCACGCCUUUCUCUGAAAAGAAAUGGCGAGGCGGCCUUCAGGUUGACUGGGUCGGUUACUGGAUUGAUUAUGGGCGCUUCAAGCUUGGGAUUUCAGAAAAGCGGUGUCAGUGGAUUAUCAGAUCAGUUGAGAGUAUGGAAGGUUCUUGUGUGGAUGAGGCCUUUUCUGGCGCCAGGCUACGCUUGAUCGACAAAGAAUAUGGCGAGCUCUUCAGAACGGAUGCAGCUUGCAACGACGACUCAGUGACCCUUGGGGGAUGGUUCUUUCACAGGGGCGAGGGCUGCGCUUCUGCUCCUUGGUUUCAGUUCAGGCUUGGUCGUGAUGAGGCCCCUUGGCUCUUCAAGGAAGGGCUUGGGAGUUCCUGGGCGAGUACGUCAGCUGAACUGCUCGCCUCUCUCGUGGCCCUUCACCUACUUGAAAGGGACUUCGCUGAGGUGCUUUCUGGUCCAGGGUCUUUCAGAGCUUGCUUUUCUGCUGGGACGGACAACAAGGCAGCAGAUUCGAUAUCUGCAAGAUUGCUCACGACCAAGGUUCCGGUGAUGUUCGUUUUGAUGGAGUUUUCUCUUCGCUGUGACACUUCGGACGUCAGGUGCCUCUUGAACUGGAGACCUCGUGAAGCAAAUCAGGAAGCUGAUAGGAUCACGAAGAAUGACUUUUCAGAUUUCAGUGCUGACCGUAGGGUCGCUGUCAGUUGGGACGAGCUUCGCUUUUCAGUACUUCCCUCUUUGCUGCGUUUUGCAAACUUUCAGAGCACCUUGGACGAUCUGCGGGCAGACACGGCGGGAGAGGCAACUGCACUGCCUCGCAUCCGCUUUGAGAAGAGUCAGUGGGGAUGA